GAGAUACGUGCUGUUUUCUUCUGAGAAAUGUGUAUCAUUGCGUAUAUUAGCUUUUUUUCAGUAAAAUUUUACAAAUAAUUGGAGAAAAAUGACAACAUAAUCAGUGUUUAUUAUUAUGGCACCUUGUCCCCUCCUGUAUGACAGGAUAUUACUCGCUAGCAGGUGAGAGUAUCAGAGGGUGUAACACAAGUGAUGGUAAUAAUGCUGUCAAAGGUGUUGUUUUUUUCCCUGAGUUUUUUUCUCUGAAGCAUUUGUAGCAUGUCCUAGACACAAGGCUUUCAAGCUGGGAGAGGGAUGACAUAUUUCCCCUCAUCUUUACAGGGGAGUGGAAUUUUUUCUUAUAAUUGCUUGAUUUUUAUAUUCAGCUUUCUUGCUUAGUAGGACUCAGCAUUGAGUUGUUGAUGAUAGUGGUGAUUCUUGAGAGGCAGAGGGAAGAAGCUGAGGGGAUGGAGAGGUGAGGUGCGAGGUUGGGCAGGUUGGUGAUAAGAGUGUGUGGGCUAGUGACAAGAGUGUUUUGGAUGGUGACUGCUCUUCCUGCCUUUUCUCUCUUUUCUGCUUUUAGUCAUGCAAGCUUUGCUGAAUGAUGACCCAUUCCUUCCAAACCUGUGAAUGGGCAAAAAAGCCAAGAAAAUGAGGUGAGGUGCUAGACAACUGAGCACUUGUCUUUGAUGUCUCAGCAGACACUGAGACGGACCUGUCUCAGCAUGGUGGUUCAGAGAUGCCCCUCCUGCUCAUCUAUAGCAGUGAUGGCAUAUGGACAUUCACAAAUAUGGUAAAAAACACCAAAUAAAGGGUUGCAUAAACAUAGAAGACAGUAUGGAGGAACAACAGGUUUUUGUGAUUUCCCAAGAUAGCGAAGAACUAAUUCUCACAGACACUGAGGCAGGAAUCUUAGUGGAGCAGGGAGCCUACUCCAUCACCAUCCCACAGCAGACUCAGCAGCAAGUGGUGUAUACUCAACCACAGCAGGCUGUAUACACAACCCCUCAUCAGGUCCAGCAGAGGGUGGUAUAUUCUUCACAGCAUCAACAGCAACAGGUGUAUCAAAUAGGACCCCCACAUCCCCAACAGGUUGUAUAUGCUGGAGGUCCUCCCAUCAAGCAACAGACUCAACAUACACAGCAAAUUCUUCUACAACAGCAGCAACAGAUGGUACCACAGCAACAGGUAACACAACCACAACAGAUUGCCCCACAACAGGUGGUUCAACAUCAACAGAUUACUUCACAAGUAACUCAACAGCAAGUGUUAACUCAGCAGAAACCUGUGCCUCAGCAGCAGAUAACUCAGCAGCAACAGCUAGCACAACAGAUAACUCAGCAGCAACAAGUAGCACCCCAGCAACAAGUGGUCCAGCAACAGGUGGUUCAGCAACAACUAAUGCAGCAACAACAUCACCAUCACCCACAGCAGCAACAGCAACAACAACAGCAGCAGCAACAGCAGCAGCAGCAGCAGCAGCAGCAGCAGCAGCAGCGGCAGCCACAGCAGCAACCACAGCCACAGUUUAUUACCUCGCAAGGACAAAGAAUAAUUAAUAGAACGCAGAAUACCCAAGAUAUAUUAAGACAACAGCAACAGGUACACCAAAAGACAUACCAACUCCAGCUGCAGCAGCAGCAACAACCCCAACAGCAGGUACAACACUUGCCCUUACAACAACAGCAGCUUGUUCAGCAGGGAUCACCUCAGCUUCAGCAACAGCUUGUGCUACAACAGCAUCAGCUUGUGCAGCAGCCACAGCUUCAGCAGCAACCACAGCAGAUAAUUCAAGCAGGGCAGCAGCCGGCACCGCAACGAAUCACUUACAUUCAACAUAGAGUCGAGGAUGACCAGGGAGUCUCCCAUAUUGUACGAACCCCUGUCAAUGUUGGAAGCAUUCGCACAAGGUCUCCAGCACAGGUGGGUGGACAAACAGGGUCUGCUGUGACUCAGUCCACUGCACUACUGCCUCCAAACACUUCACAUGUAUUGACAGGAUCAGCCAUACGUUCAGCCACUCCUCAAACCACAAAAACUAUAGCCACAUCCAGGCCCCAACAACCCCGAUUACAAAGAAGUAAUCCAGUCCAAAGACAAGCAACACUUGGAAUUCAACAAGCAUUACCACAGCAGCAGCAGCAGCAACAACAACAACAACAACAACAACAACAACAACAACAACAACAGCAACAACAACAAGCACAACAAAAACAGCAGCAGCUUCAUGAUAAACAGCAGCAGGCUUCAUACCAAGAUCAGUAUCUUAAAGAGCUUCAAAAUAAAAUAGAAACACAACAGAAGAGUGCCAACCGAAGCAAGGUAAACAAACCCCCUACAGCACAACAACGUAUGUUGAUCUCACAUCAGCUGACCAACCAGCAGCACCGAAAGCAACAGGUUGGUCCUCAUGUGAAUCAGACAGUUUUGUCAGGUACAUCAAUUCCAUCUGCACCAGCUACUGCUAAACAGCAACAGGGAAACCAUCAUCAACAUCAACAAGUUCAACAAGUGACUUUACAGGCUGUAACACCAACUAAAAAGUUGUCAAUACAUCAGUAUCGUCAAAGAAUUUCUCAUGACCUCAAGCAGCAGCAGCAGCAGCAGCAGCAACCUGUGUCCGUGAACAAAGCACAGAAACAGCAGUACUACUAUUUACAAAGUUCUGAUGGAAGCAAAAUGUUGGCAGUGUUCCCUAUGGACCAAGGUGCUACCACAACAGUUGCAUUGAAUAAUCCAGUUUCUAAUAUGACUUCAUCUACCUCAGUGCGAAAUACACAUUUUGCUGCCUCCACCUCAGAUAGCAAUACCAUUAUCACAAUGAAGCACCAGGAUGGACCUGCACAAACAUCAUCAUCUGAAGCCACCACACUUACUUCAUCAUCACACACUUUGUCUUCCUCCAGGAGUAUUUCUUCUAAUAAUGUAUCUUCCACAAAUUCAACUUCCACUUCUCCUCCACUUCAGGAACAUGUAGUCAAUUCGUCAGUACCAGCAGAACAAACAGAAAAAACUUCAGGUGAUAAACCAAGAUAUAUCCCUGGGCAGGUAUGCCUAUGUACCAAUUGUGGUAUAUUAAGUGAGGAUCUAUUUCAAUGCCUAAGGUGCAAGCAUAAGUUACCUACACAAACUCUCCCUGAGCCUCCCACCACCACAGCAGGCUCCAAGACUACCACUUGUGACUCUGUGACUAUGACAAGCAAGGGGAUCACUGUAGCACAUAUGACAAAGCAGGAAUUCUAUGGAAAGACAGGUGGUGGGAAUAGAAGACCAGAGAAAAAGAUUGUAAACCCAGCAAACAAUAAAGCCAAAACAAAAGGACGAGGGAAAGGGAAAGCUCCAGAGGAACCUGUCAUCCUGACCCUGUCAUCUGAUGAGGAUGAGGAUAAACCUGGGGGAGGAUCAGGUCCAUUGGCAAGUGGCACAUCCGGCUCUCCACAACCUGGAGGCCACCCAGGGGCCCAUCUUGAACCUGUCAAUCACAAGGAGCCCAUUAUUACUGCAGAUAUGGAGGAUUUAGAAGAGACUGAAAAGGGUGACAGUGGUGCUGUAAUAGGUGGAGGUAUACCAGACAUACAGAGUCUCAAUGAUGGCACUCUGAAGGGACCCUACACUUCACUACAAUGUAGAAGUCUUAGAAUUGGCUCCUACAAAGUCAUGCCCAAGGAAAGAGUGCUUAUAGUACCCCAAGGCCUACGUAUUGAAGUUCCUCCUAUUGCUGAAGAUUCUUCAGCAUCAGUAACAUUUGACAUUCCAGUGAAGAGUGUUGUAAAGAUUUUGGUUCACUUUGGAAGAUCUUUGCCAGUAUUCUUCAUAUAUGUCAAACCCUCAACAGCUGCAAAUAUAAGGAGACUGCUCAAAAUGACAGAUAGAAAUGGAUAUUAUUUUGAUCCAUGCAGUCAUGAUGAAUCACAGAAACGUAUUACCAUCUUGCCAGAUAGAUUGACUGAAGAGAAUAAGAAUCUAGUUAAGGAAGUUUUUGGUCCUUCAAAUUUACUGAACAUUAGUGGAGCAGUCACUGGCACUUCAACAUCAACAGCAAGUGAACUUGUUAAUGUCAUAGAGGAACUGGAUCACAAGGAAGCUAAUGAGAUUCUUCUUAGAGCAUCAUCAGCUAAGGUCCAGAAUCUAGUCAAGAAACCUACAACUACACCAGCUACCUGUGAAUCAAAGCUGUUGUUGAUAUAUCCUCCACCACCACAAAAAGGGGGAAUUUCUAUAUCAACAGAUGAUUAUUGCUGUCUAGAGGAAGAACAGUUCUUGAAUGAUGUUAUUCUCGACUUCUAUCUAAAAUGGCUACUUCAAAGCAAGCUCUCUGAAAUACAUCGUCAGCAUACCCAUGUAUUUUCUACAUUUUUCUACAAGCGCCUGACAUCCAAACCCAAGAAACGGAGGCUAAAUGCCCCUGAAGAUGAUCCUAAGCUGUCAGCAGCGGAGAAAAGACAUGCUAGAGUCAAAUCCUGGACCAAGAAUGUUGACAUUUUCUCUAAGGAUUUCAUUAUUAUUCCCAUCAAUGAACAUGCUCACUGGUUCCUUGCAAUCAUAUGCUUCCCGGGUUUGAGUGGUCCUGUACGGAUAUCAGAUGGCCAGCCUGUUCCUGUUUUCACUGCUGAUAAACCCAAGAGGCGUAGAUCCUCUCGACCUAAGAAUAGGAUUGAGAUUCCUAUCAUUGAUGAUGGUGAGUGGAGUGAUAGAGAUGAAGCAGAAGGAGAGGAGGAUGAACUAGAAGAAGAUGAAGAAGAGGAAGAGGAAUCUCAGGCUAAGAAAAACAAAGGAGAGGAACCUGAUAAUGAGGGAGAAACACAAGCUUCAAAACAUGACUCCCAACCUCCACCAUCCAUUAAGCAGCCAUGUAUCUUGAUAUUUGACUCUUUGACUGGAGCAAAUCGAGCACGAAUUGUUGCUACUCUCCGAGACUACCUAACAGUGGAACAUAAAGUCAGAAAAGGAACAGAGAAGCUAUUCACUCGGGAUACCAUGAAAGGUGCUUGUCCUCGAGUCCCACAACAGAUGAACUAUUCUGACUGUGGUGUCUAUACUCUCCAGUUUGCUGAAAGCUUCUUCGAGGAACCCAUAAAGGAUUACACAUUCCCAAUCCGUUCUCUGACUGAAUGGUUUCCUCAGGAAGUAGUGAGAGGGAAACGGGAAGCCAUUGCCAAAUUAAUUGCCAACUUAAUGGAACAGCACAACCCAAACCACAGCUCAAUAACUUUACCUGACAUAUACUUUUCCUCUGACAAAAAAGAAAAGGGGGGAGGAAACGUGGCUCACAUUCCAGUUACUUCUGAGCCACAGGAUGGUUGUACUACAUCAAACACCACAUUAACCAAGAUAGUCAACACUUCAGCACAGAAUACUGUUCCAGGACAAGACAUUUGUAAGUCUUCAAAUAAUAUGGGUAGUGAUAAUGAUGGUGGAACAUCUAAGGAACAAGGCAAUGCAAAAUUAAUUAGUUUUCCUCCGAAUACUAUAAUUGAAGGUAAAUUAAAAGAUGGAGAAAUUAGGGUUUAUCAUAACAAGGAAGGAAAUCCUGUAACAAAGCCAGUUUUGACUAAAACAGUACAGAAUAGACCUGUUUCUGUAAAAUCCAUUCCUCUUUGCAUUGCUAAAUCAGAUCAGUCAUUCUCUGUAUGUGCAGGUCAGAUAAAUGUUAAGAAAUUCCAGAAAACAAAUGCUUCCCCUGUUGAGAGAAACAUAACUGUGCAAAAGUUAGGAACUUCCACUGCUGUGGAAACACAUGUUCAAGUUAACACUAUGAAAAGACAGAGUGUGGUAGAAAGUGAUGAAUCUAUUUUCCCUGUGAGAGCUGACAAAAAAAGAAUUCCUAUUAAAGAUACUAUCUUACCACAAACCCAUGGAUCUCUCAUGGCCACAGAAACUGUUGUAUCUGCUUCAGGCAAUUCUGGUUUAGGUUUGAUAAAGGCUGUGUACAAUGGUGAUUCAAAUGAUGGAUUGCAGAUGGAUACUAAGAAUGAGGAAAUUAAUUUAAAUGGAAACUGUCUUAAGCAAGCACACACAGAUUUUAGUGGUGUGAAAAGUUUCUUAAAUUCUGAUUUGAAUGGAAUUCAUACACAAGUUGUGAAUGAAAGCUCCAUAAAGGACAAACUAAAAGAUCAUGAAAAUAACUCAAAUGUAGUAAAUGGUGGAGAUGAAACGGUUGUUAAAAGCAUUGGGAAUGAGGUUGUACAGGUAGUCUCUACAUCACAGCCAACUCAUUCAUCUGUCUUACCAAAGAUCUCGUAUUUACAAACUACCAGUGUUGCUGGAAUGCCCUCAUCAAAAUUGUUAAGUGCAUUACCUACCAAUGUAUCAGUCCAACAAGACACUCAUAACUCUAAUGUUGUCUUUUCAUCUGCAAGUCCUGCAAAGUCAGUUAUGCAGGCAUCUUGCACAAGUACCCAGUCAAAAAUUGUGAAUACAUCAAAGAUGCCAAACAAUGCCACUCCUUUUAAUGUAGAUGAAAUGCAAUCCAUGGAUCAAUUAAAGACUGUAGAAGCUUCAAGACAGAAGAUUAUUAUUGAUGAUGAAGUCCUUCUCAUCAUGAAUCCAAGUCCUAGUCAUGGAGGACACAAGAUGGAAUCUGAAGCUUUACCAGUUAAGCAGCAGAACCACCUUAUUCAUGAAGAGAAAGAUUUCAUGAAUACUGGGGAAACCACAGAAGUGAUGUCUCCGAAAUCUGUUGCCACUCAACAACUCUCCAAGUCGGUUACAACUUUACAACCAAGUUCACCACUUCGUCGGGUUGGAGCAGACUACACUCCUACCACUUUAGCGGUUCCUCCUGGCUCCUCUUCACCAUCACAGGGUGGUUCGGGUACUCCAGCAGUAUUUAGGUUCAGUGAACGUGGCACUUCAUCAGGAAGGACAAUUGCUCCUCCCAAGCGAUACCUUGAUGAUGAUGAUGAAAUUUUUCCAAAGAAACGCAGAGAUAAACCACCUCAAGGAAAGGCACGUAAUAUUGUAAGAUAGGAGGACAUUUAUAUUUUAGGAAUGUUUUAAAUAGUUUUUUUUUUUUUUUUUUUUUUUUUUUUUUUUUUUUUUGUGUGUGUGUGUGUGUGUGUGUGUGUGUGUGUGUGUGUGUGUGUGUGUGUGAUGACUUAACCAGUCUGUUCUCCUCAAGACAGAAGUUUCAUCUGCCUGUAGUGGAAAUGUUACUGAAUAUAAUACUGGUAAUGCAUUUGAAAUUGUUAAUGAUUUAAUUCUUAUCAUUGUCAGAGGCAAAAAGGGUUUGAAUACAAUAUCUAAAAUUUGUAUCCAGUCUUAUCUUAGUUCAUUUACUUAGUCCAUUACAGAAUUAGGCUUGCUGAUGUUCCAAGUUGAUUCUUCUAAAAUUAUUGUUUGUUAUUGUGAAGACAGACAUUCAGUGCCAGUUUUAGAUUGCUCUCAUUGGAUUGGCAGCUACAAAUAUUUGUGAGGCUCUUUAGCCAAAUUUCACCUUUGCAAAACAUUAUAAAAUCAGCAACUAUAGUAAAACUAUAACAUACAAAGGCAGAAUUGUGUUUUAAAUUACAAGUAAUAGUAUAAUGGUAAUUCUCACAUCUCUUUUAGGAUCCCACAAGCAAAGCAAAAAGUUAGUGAACAUUGCCACUUCCCUGCCAUUCUAACAUGUCCCCUUUAGAACCAUCCCUUAAGGUAUUCAGCUUGAUAAUUUCAUUCUAACUAUAAGCAAUAGCUAAAUACUGGCCUCACUAGAAAUUAAAAUGGUGUCAAUGAAACCAUUAUGUUUUCAAUAAUAUUCAUACAAAAUAUUUGAAGGAUUCCAACUUUACUUCUCCAGUUACAGACAAGUCAUAAAAUAUGAGAAUCCACUUUAAAUGUCUUUAUACAUUUUGUACUGUAAGAUAUUUUGAUAUCAGUACUAAAUUUGAUAUAUUUCUUUAUCAAUUACACUUAAAUAUGUUAAACUUAUAGUUCCUUCAGGUAUUUGUACAUAUGAACAAGUUAUGAGAUUUUGUAUGAGGAGAAUUCAGAAUUACCCACAGUCAUGUAGGACUAUCUCUAGAGGUAUUUUCUAAGUCUGCUAUGUUAGCAGUCAUAUUUAUAAACAUAUCCACUGAUGUUUUGUCUGGAGAUUAAAGUGAAAAUGCCUAACUUGAUGAAUACUGUCUCUAAGGGUUGUAUAUUUAUAUGAAAAGUUUUGCAUUCAAAAAGUGUUGCUCAGGAAAGUCAGUGACAAAACAUAAAAUGCAGUGGUUAAUUUCAAUUAUGUAAAUAUUGAAAUAUGUACAAACUUUGUUUUUUAUUUAUGAAUGUUUAAUUAUGUGUAUCUGAGGUUCACUGCUUCUCUUGUGGAAUGAAUGAAACAAUUAGAUGUUUUGAUUUAAAUUACGGAUGCUGAACAUGCAUGUCAUAUUUUGCAUGUCAAAGAUUGUAGAGGAAAUUAUUCUUCAUAGAAUCUCUUGGCAGAUAGCGGUGCCAGAGUAUGUCAUUGUUAUAAUUUACACAAGGGGAAACUAUUGGGAAAAGUCCCCAAAAGGGCACUACAAAUGUAAUGUUAUUGCAAAUCUGUGAUGAGAAAUAUGUGUGACCAGAAAUAUUUCAUCAUUCUUGUCAUUUUUACACGUAACCAGAAGUUUUCAAAAUUUGAGAGACACACAUUUAUAUAAAACGUUUGUAUAUUUUUAAACUUUUGUUUCUUGUUACUCAUGUCAUCACUGUUAUAUCUGUAAAAUAUAUAUGUUAUUGAAAGUUUAGGAUUUCUUAUGUGAACACUUGCUAUGCAGCAAAAUCUGAAUUAUAAAUGAAAAUGUAAGUAGCUUUGGGUCCUUUAUUAUGCAUGAUGAAAAAUUAUUUUAGUUUUGCCUUUUAAGUUGUUUAUGGUGUUAAUUCAUGAUCAUUAGGAAAAAAUGUUUCCGGUCACUCAGACUUUCAAAAAAAUUUUGUAAGAAAACUUUCACCCCAUUAGAGGGGGUUUCUCCAUUUAUUUUGUAAGUAAACAUGCUGUAAGAAUGCAAUUACUUCAUAAUAAAUAAUAUUUUUCUG